AUGUGCCCGCCACCAUUCAUUUCCGACGCGGACUUCAUGGGAGGAGGAGGAUACAUCGAAGGCCGAUUCUGCGGCAUCAACCCGAGCGCGCCCCGAGGCCAACGAUGCUGCCUGCCGUGCCCGGUGCAAGACUGGGUGUACCCGGCCGACUACGUGCGCACGCUCAAGGUGGCCAACUACGUGGGCAUCGGCUCCGUCGCGCUGUGCGGCGUGCUGCUGGCGUCCUUCCUCGCGCUGCCGCCCGAGCGCAGCAGCCGGCACUACCUCAACAUCGGCGUCACGCUCGCCAUCACCUUCUUCUCCGUGCCCUUCGUCGUCCCGCUCGCGACCGAGCCGGCCAUGUGCCACGACCGCAUCACGCCCAACGGGCAGGGGUCCGACGCGUCGUGCGCCUGGACCGGCGCGCUGCUGCUGCUCGGCGCCAUGGGGUCCGCGCUGUGGAUCCUUUUCCGCGCCCUCUGGCUCCACCUGCGCGUCUGCUGGGAGAUCGAGCCGGGGCGCCCCUUCAUGGGGCUCUGCAUCGUGGCCGGCAUCGUCGUCCCCGUCGCCUUCACCGCCGCCAGCAUGACCGUGACGGGCGUCUCGUACCGCACCGGCCUCGUCUGCCUGCCCAACCACCACAAGGCCAUCGUCACCUUCUGGGCGUGGCAAGUCGGCUUCGCGGGCGCCGCGCUGCUGGCCCAAGGCAUCACGACGGGAUACUGCCAGUGGGUGUUCCUGCGAGUGUUGGUUCGGGGGAAGAGGAAGGGAGGAACAACAGGCGGUGGCCGUGAGCCAAUGACGCCGGCAAGCGGUGGUUCUGAGCGCUCAAACUUCGCGAGCGACGGAUCGGGGCCGUCGGCGGAGCGGCCGCGGAAGACGUGGCGGCAGGUCAGGCGGAUUUUGCAGCUGCAAUGGCGCCACAUAGCAUUGACCAUCGUGAUGGCGGUCGAGUCGCUGUUCUACAUCAUCGUCUUCGUGGCGCAAGACACGCGAUUUGGCGAAGUGGCGGCCAACGUCAACGAGCCGGAAGCGAAAACGUGGAGCGCGUGUUUGGUGUUGUCGGGUGGGAAUAGGGAGGAGUGUCUGAAAUAUGCGGGAAAGUUGGCCAUCUCGCAGGAUUUGGUGCUGGGGUCGCUACUUCUGGGAUCGCUCAUCGGCACUCAGAACUUCUUCCUCCUAGCCAAACCAAGCAUCCUCAUCGGAUGGUGGGAGCUGCUCUGCCACCCCUUCAAGCGUCUCCCUCUGUUUGACCGACGGCGCGGCUCCGAUCUUCCUUUGACCUCUCUCAAGCCAGAAAGGCAUUCCUCUGCUCCCGGCACUGCCAAACUUAGCACUACCGGCGCUCAAGACCACGCCGUCAAUGGCACCACACCCCUCAUAACGACAGCCAGCACAUCCGGCCCCUCCAGACAGUCCACUCUUUUCGGCUACCGCCGUCCGCGCUCCCGCUCUUCCCGCCGCUCCUCAUCCACCUCCUCCUCGAGCAGCUUCCAUGGCGCCACCGUCGACAUGCCUCCGGUCACGGUACGGAACCCGUACGAACUCUUCCUCCCCUCCGAACGCGCCGCCUCGGUCAAGGACCCGGUCGAGCGCGCCCGUUUGGCCCGUGUUGGCGACAUAGUUGACCUGCAUAAUCUCUACGCCACCGACGUCCGUGAGGACAGAGCAGCCUUCAACGCCGCGAGGCCUUCAACGCCGCCGCCCCCACCGCUACCACUCAAUGUCGUCAAGUCUCCUCCAAGCAAACCACCAACGACCACAGCGACGACGACGAGAGGAGGCCGCAACAGCAGCAGUCCAAGUCCACGAACAACCGCCAUCCACCUUCCCAUGGCCACCUCGGCCGCCUCGCUCUCCCUUCCCUCCCCCUCCCCCACUCCCUCCUCUUCCUCCUCCACCACCUCCCACGCCAUUCCCACAGCAGCAGCAGCAGCAACAGGUCGAGAAAGCCCCACACCCACCCAUCCAGCCCCCCUCCAAGCCCGCGCAUCACCAUCACCAUCCUCGUCCUCGUUAGCACCACCACCACCUCCCCCUCCCCCUCCCCCCACCCUCCCCACCCGCAGCGCAACCAUCCACCACACCUCCUCCUCACCCACCCCCACCCCGCCCCAGCCUAAUUCAUCCCAGCACACCCCCCAGCACCUCCGCCCCAGCCGCAGCAUCGACAACAUGAUGGCCAACGGCCGACACGUCGUCGGCCUUCCGUCCUGGGCCGCGCUCGGUGGCGGGGGCAGAGGUGGUAAUGGUGGCAAUGGUUCGUCGGCAUCGACGGUGGCGGACCUGCGUGGGGCGAUGAGGGGCGGGUUGGCGAUGCAUCCGGUGGGGGCGGCGGCGGCGGCGGACGAGUUUGUUGGUGGUGGUGGUGGUGGUGGUGGUGGUGGGGGAGGAGGAGGAAGCGGCGGCGGCAGGGGAGACGAGGCUGCUGCUGGGAUGGGCGCCGGUGCUGAUCGGGCGGUCGGUGGGACGAGCGGCGGUGAAUAUGCGGAGAGGAGGGGGGGCGGCUUUUCGGGUGGUGGUGGGAGCGGAGGGGCAGCAGGAGGGGGAGAGGCGAGAGGAGGAGGAGGAGGAGGAGGGAGAGGAGGUGUCGUGACGUUGGCGGAGAUGUUGGAUCAAGGACCUCCACCUGCACCUAACGGUGCUGGGUAG